AUGUUGAGGCGGUUAAGGCACACUGUAGGCAUCAGAUAUGCCAGCAGCAAGGUACUUGGCAUUGAUCUCGGGACGACUAAUAGCGCAGUUGCAUAUAUAAGGGAUUCGAAUGACAUAUCGUCGGCCACCAUCAUCGAAAAUGAUCAGGGACAGCGCACAACGCCGUCGGUAGUUGCUUACGACAAGUAUGGCAAUACUCUAGUGGGAGUCGCCGCCAAGCGGCAAUCCCACCUCAACACACACAACACGUUUUUUGCCACCAAGCGUCUCAUCGGGAGGCAAUACACCGACGCAGAUGUGCAACAGGACCUGAAGAACCUACCAUACCGUAUAGUGGAAAGCGACAGCGGCGGGCUCGCUUAUUUGGAAACCACUUUUGGGCAGAAGAAGUCCCCUAGCCAAGUCGCGUCUGCGAUUCUCAACUACCUGAAGAGGGCGGCCGAAGACUAUCUUGGCGAAAAGCUCGAUAAGACCGUUAUCACCGUUCCUGCAUACUUCAGCGAUGCGCAGCGGCAGGCGACGAAGGAUGCAGGUAGCAUGGCCGGGAUGCAGGUCCUACGUGUGGUAAACGAGCCGACGGCUGCCGCGCUGAGCUUUGGGCUAAAUACUAAGAGCGACGGCGUCGUUGCUGUCUAUGACCUCGGCGGCGGAACCUUCGAUAUCUCUAUACUGGAUAUCGAGGAUGGCGUCUUCGAAGUGAGAGCGACGAAUGGUGACACCCACCUUGGCGGUGAGGACUUUGACAACAUUGUCGUGGACCAUCUACUGGCACAAUUUGCGAAACAGCACGAUGACGUAUCGCUGGCCGCAUUGAAGACAGACCAAGAAGUUGUUCAGCGGGUCCGCGAAGCGGCAGAAAAGGCAAAGAUCGCACUGUCGCAUGUUAAGGAGACUGAAAUCAACAUUCCGUUCCUAUACGAGGGCAAGCAUCUGGUAUCCAUCAUGCGCGAAGAAGAGUUGGACGCAAUGACAUUACACCUCAUCGAAAGGACCAUUGGUCCCGUGAAGAAGGCGCUCAGGGAUGCAGACAUGGAACCCACAGAUAUUGAUGAGGUGAUCCUGGUCGGAGGUAUGACGCGUAUGCCGAAGAUCAGACACAUUGUCGGCGAACUCUUCAAAAAGAAGCCAACCACCAGUGUAAAUCCAGAUGAAACGGUAGCGCUCGGAGCGGCUAUACAGGGCGGGAUAUUAAGCGGUGAGAUCAAGAAUGUGUUGCUUCUCGAUGUGACCCCCCUCACCCUGGGCAUAGAGACCUAUGGCGGUGUUUUCUCCCCGUUGAUACCGAGGAAUACCAUUGUUCCCGUUAAAAAGACAGAGGUAUUCAGCACAGGGAUCGACGGUCAGACGAGCGUCGACAUACGCGUGUUCCAAGGCGAACGUGGGCUUGUAAAUGACAAUAUAUUGAUUGGUGAAUUUAAACUAGCAGGUAUCCCUCCGAAGCCUAAGGGUGUACCGCAGAUACAUGUCACGUUCGACAUUGAUGCCGACGGCAUCAUCAACGUAUCCGCCUCCGAGGUAACUAGCAACACAUCCCAGACCAUAACGGUCAUCCCCAAAUCGGGCUUGACCGAUGACGAAAUCCAGCAGAUGAUUAGCGACGCGAACGCCAACAGCGACCGCGAUCAGCUGUUGCGCCAGCGCAUCGAGAUGAUCAGCAGAGUCGAGCCCGGUAUCGAAGACAUCGCUCAGUCCUUCCAAACAUACAAAGAGCGCGUGAAAGAAGAUGCAGACUAUGAGCGUGUCCUCCAGGCGCUGACAGACCUGCAGGCGCGGAUCCAAGGCUUCCGCGCCAAAAACACCGACCUCAGCAUUGACGUGAACGCGAUCGUGAAAGACGCGGAACAGCUCCGAGCUUCCGCCGUUGAACUCCUCGUGCGCUCCAACAAGGCACACGCCACCAAAACCUCGUAG